AGUGUGCACUGUGAAGUAACCAAGUUCAUGGUGUAAAGUAUAGAAGUGUUGAGAAGGACUUAAGAAGCGAUACAAAGCGGAACAGCUCAAAAGAAGAAGAAGAAGAAGAAGCAGCCUCCCGUCCAGCCCCAGACCAAGGGAGGGAAGGAAGCCCUAGCGGUGUGUGGUGCCUCCCUCGCCAUGGACUCCUCGGCGCUGCGGCUGCUGGAGACCGGGACGGACCAGGACCUCGUGAGGAUCCUGAAGGAGUUCAACGAGAAGUAUGAGAAGCAGUUCACCUCGGUGGGCCUGGACCCCAGCUACUAUGACCGCCUGUGGGACCUCAUCAUGGCACGGCUCAGCGACCCCAUGGCCUCCACCACCCACCAGACCUGCCUCUCAGCCAUCAGGAUCCUCAGCCGUGACAAGUCUUCACUGCACCGAGUUGUUGAUAAGGACAGGCUGUCGGUCAUAGUACGCCUGGCUGGCCUGGUUUCAGAAGAGGAAGCCCUCAAACGCCUUAACCAGCAAAUUAAUUAUGAUGUGGUGAUUGAAGCACAGAAAUGUCUCAGCAAUCUGGUCUACAACAGCAGUGCCAUUCAGAGGCUGUGUUGCGUGAACAGCUGCAUCCCGGGGCUGAUGUGCCGCCUCAAGACCUUCCGGGACCCUGAGUUGCCACACAUUGUCAAGUACUUUGACAUGCGCCUGUUGUUCCUCCUCACGGCCUUCUGUGCAGACAUCAGACCCAAGCUGAGGACAGAGUACCAUGGUCUCACAUACUUGAUUGAAAUUUUGGAUCUGUCACUCAAAACAGCUCAUGAAGAAAAUGAUCUGCAGUGUGGCUAUGGACAGAUUGCAUAUCCUGUUUAUUUCAGUGACGAGCAAUCAGAACUCAUCAAUGAGGUCCUGAAAGUCUUAUACAACUUGGUCCUCCACAUUGACAAAAACAGUCCAGAUGAAGAAGAGGACAGUCACUGCCUUCGCCUGAUCAGCAUCUUGCGCUCCCUCCUCCUGGCCUCCAGCAGGUGCCCUGAGAAGACAGAUGCUCUUCACAGUAACACAGUGAACCUGCUCUUGGUGAUGCCUCCCAGCAUGUAUGAAGGCUUGCUGGUCAGCAUGCCACAGGCACCCGGGGACCACAACUACAAGACUGUCCCCACGGUGGUCACAACACAGCCGUCGGCUGGGGCAGCAGCACAGGUGGAGGCUGCGUGCUUCACAGAGGUGGACGACGUUGCAGUAGCACAUCAGAGUUCUUGUGAAUAUGACGGCAAAGACAUGACAGCCAUUAUCGAGCUUCUAAACUUCCUUGAAGGAAGACUUAAUUCACCAGAAAAUCAGUUUCUGACUUGGAAAGAAUUCAAGCCUGGCCAGUCGUCCAACAAGAGCCUCAUGCCAAUAUUGACCCUGAUGGUGGAGAUGGUCCAAGCCAACCGCAUCAUCCGCAAGUUCGUCCGUCUACGCGUUCUGCCGCCCCUGCGAGACGUGACCAAGAGGCCGGAGGAGGGCGCCACGCUGCGGAACAAGCUGUGCACUCUCAUGACAUCUCCGCUGCAUGACUUAAAACACUUAUCAGCCAACUUCCUCUUCAUCCUCUGCAAAGAAAGUGUUGACCGCCUCAUCAAGUACACUGGGUAUGGUAAUGCAGCGGGACUCCUUGCUUCUCGUGGCCUGAUGCUGGGCGGAAGUAAACCCUCCGUUGAUUAUUCCUCGGGCUCGGAAGACUCAGACACAGAGGAGUAUGUGAGAGUGAGAGACAUGGUGAACCCAGUGACAGGUCGGUAUGAGCCGCCCCGGCCCUCGCCUCUGGAGGGGAUGACGGAUGAGCAGAAGGAGCACGAAGCCAUGAAGCUUGUCAAUGUCUUGGAUAAACUGACAAGGAACAACAUCAUCCAGCCGUGCCGCAUCGGUGACGACGGCAAGCCCCACCCGGUGGAAAGUGUGCUGGAGCUGCAGGAGGGCAUGGGGGUCAUGAACGAGCCGGGCCACAACGACCACAAUGACUCUGACUAGUGGCAGCGCCCGGGCUGACAGGCAGAUAUUAGGUGUCUUAUUCAUCAGUGUACUACUCUAAGGCUAUUAUCAGAUUACAUACUAUUACAAGCUUUAAGGGCAGCAAACAUGUAGUGUCAAAUAUUUAUGUAAACCUGAGCUUACUGUUAAGGUACCUCAAUGCUUAGAUAUUUAAAGUAAGCACACAAACACAGUAAGACCCAUCCUCAUUUCAAUCACUUGUGUUCACAUAACUAUAAAAAUUGUGAAUAUUUAACUUAAUUCCCCUCAAAAUGUGUUCCCCGGAAAUCGUAACCUGAGCAGUCUAUAAAGGAAUUACCUCUACAUAGCACCAGACACCUUUCACAGUCUCUGAAAUAAUUUAUAGGUGCCAAGGGUAUUUAUCCACAGCUUAGCUUUAAUUACCAGUAUUGUUGUUGUAUAUUAGUUCCAUAUUGGCGUAGCUGUCAUGUAUGUGCUCGUAUUUGUCACGUCCACUCUCGGCAAAACUGACCCAAGUUCACGGUUCACCUCGAGAAGUGGUUCAUCUUACAAUGCAAAGUGUCUUCGCCAGGUACUCACAGCUUGUAAUUCUUCUGUUAUGUCUGUCUGUCUGUCCAGAUCACGUUGGAAAGGCUUAAAACUAUUGAAGGGCAGAAGACAAGUUACAUGAUGACUGAACAGUUAAGGAGUUAGCUGAAUAGAUGAACAUGAUGUGCAUAGGUUAUUUGAAUAUUUUUAUGUGAUUCGUAAUUUCAUCCACAUACGUGUAUGUGUGUGCGUGUGUGUGAGGUGGGGGGGUUGUGUGCAUGUAUGUGUGUACGUGUGUGGUGUGCGUACUUAACUCGGUGUAGUAAAUCUUGAGUGUCAUGCCAGCAGAAGUCCCAUUUACAGUUUUAAGGUCUGGCAGUGAUAUAUUAUUUUAAGAUGUCGAUAAUGUAAAUACUUUUGGUUUUAUUAAGAUUUUGUUUAUCACCAUUAAAAGUUUAUUAGUCGUGGAGGCUCCAGAGUUGAUAAAAGUAACUAAUUUUGGUUACUUUAAAACUUUUUAUGGGUAUAAAACUUUAAUAAGGUUCCAGAGUUGCUAUUUAUGUUAUAUUAUAUUUUAAAGUUUAUGAUUAAAUUAGAUAAAUGUGCCAUGCAUUACAUUUGUGGUGACAAUGUUUGUUUCAUCCCCAACCUUGAAGAGACAGAGUCAGUCAGUAUAACUUGCACUCUACAUUAGUCAGUUUGUUUUGUAAGGGAAAUAGAAGUUAUAAAUAUUAUUAUUUAUUGUUACAGGUGUAUCAUAUCAUGCAGAUUAAUGACAAUGUUCAUGGACCAUAAAAUUUAUCCAGCAUCUGGCACUUUUAGAGAACGUUUCACUUGUAAGGAUAAAUUUGCGUAUUGUAAAUACAUAAUAUGAAUUAGUGCACGCUCAUCAAGACAGGUUGGAUUUGUCACACUGAUUACUUAUGAUUCAUCUGGUUUGAGUAGCCUUGGAGACUUGCAGCACAGAACUGGAAGAUUCAAGCUUGAACUUUGGCAAGGGCCAAAAAAAAAACUUCAAAUAGACUUUAUCCUUACCUGAGCAGAUGAGGCUGCGCUGAGUGAUCCUCUGAAGCCGUGUGGUUUGUGAGCAUGUCUGUGGCCUCAUCAAAGUGGUUCUGUGUUGUUCCUCAAUCUCCAGUUUGCUGAAUCAGAAUCUUUCCGCUUUCUUGUUCUAGUAUGUGAAGCAAUUAGUGAUGUUUAUUAUCAUUGUCACCAUCAUCCUCCACAUCAUCACCAUCAUCAUAUCUUCUCAUUGCACACCUUGCUUCACCAUUAACCACACCCUAGUGAAUGUGCAGCAUUGGUUCCGAUUGUCGCUUGGAUGGGUGAUUGCCUGAGAAUGCCAGAUGUUCAUGUUUCCACGGGCCUGGUGGUGGUGUGGUCAGCACACUGCUGGCAGAUUGUAAUCCUGGGGCAGGCAGAGACAACACGGUGAUCUCCCUUGGUGCCAUAACACCUCCACAAACAGCAGAUAGAGGAGAGUUGUAAACCAGCGCUGGGCGUCCCAUUACAGGAAACUUAACUCACAGGUACUCCAUUGUAAUGUUUUGAAAGAACUUAGCACUCUUCUGCUGUCUGUCAGUUAUUAAUUAUGUGAUGUUUUUUCUCAUAAUGUUUUCUACCGUAAUCGUCUUUCAUUUUGUAAUACAUGAAGUCAAAAUAUCAUCUAUCAUGUUCAAAAAGACAAGAAAAUCAAUUGUGUGUUAAUAAUCAAACUCGCAGGGCACAGUGUUUGUAUGUGUAGACUUGUUCCUGCUAGGACAUCUGUGUAAGGGAGAUAUUGUAAUCUUUAGAGGCAGCAGCACAGCACACAGCACACACACGAGAAUCACUGUUCACAGCACUGUCCAGCACACCACCAAGCACUGUACAUAACCUUACCACUCCUGUGUAUGGGUAACUAUAUAAAAAGGAUGAUAAUGAUGAUAUAUAAUAAUGAUAGUAGCUGUUGUAAUUAUAAUAAUAACGGUAAUAAUAAUAAUGAUAAGAUAUUUAUUGAAAUAUAUGAGAUGACAAGUGAAAAUGCAGUCAGUGUACCUCAAACAGUUGUGACACCAGUGACAGCAGCCUCCCACGCUGUCUCCUUAUAAAUUAUUAAUUGGCUGUUGAUCUUGAUUUAUACUGUAUUAGUAGUGAUAAAGACCUGUGAUUCUGCCUUUUAUUGGAGGUGUAAACAGCCAGUAAGUUGACGUCCACCAGACAUUCUUCACUGUCUUGUAGCACGGCCAGCGUUGUACACCAUUCUGCAAGGGAUCCAAUGUCUUAAUAUGCACCGUCGAGGAGUCGCCAUCAUGGACCAACUUAAUAUUAAAAUUAUGAUCAAGUAUACAA